AUGCGCGCAUCAACGAUAUUGCUCCUCGGAGCUUCUUCCGUCUCCGCUGUUCCAUUAUUCCUCCGCGCACCUUCAACACUGAUAUCGACCAUCACCAGCCGAGAUUCAACCGACAACGACAAUAAAAACAAUAACCAAAUCCCACUGGCUGGAAUUAUAAUAGGAUCCAUCUUUAUCACCGCUCUGCUCCUCUGUCUCAUCGCAUACCUCGUCAGCCACGACAACUGCAUCACACGUCGCGGAUGGUUCAAACGUCGUCGCGAACAGAAAAACAAGGGGAAAUCGCAGUACUUGAGUCCGCAGGAAGACGAAGAAGCAUUGACGAAACGCGCUUCAUUCGCCUCAGAGCGGGAAUCGAUCAUGUUCAGCAGGAGUCGUGCGUCUUCAUUCACCUUCGCCGUGGUCGAGGAUGUGGAUCAUUCACAACGCCGAAUGUCGUCGCAGGUAUAUGUGUUGAGAGACGGCAAAUAUAUACCCGUUAAUCAGACAGAGGCCGAGCAGCGAAAGGGUCUUCUAAGCGGUCAUGGCAACGAAAUGGCCGAAGUCGAUAUUGCGUCGUCGUCUCUGGAUCAAAGCGACCGAGCAUCGCUCACUAGUAUCCCUGUUAUUGUCUCGCCGCCGCUGGAAAAUACGCACACAGAUCAACCUCAUGAUUAUAUGUCGCGGACUGGGCGUAGUAAUCGCUCGGAGGCUGUCGCAGAUGUGUCGGUAUUUCGAGAAAUACUCCCCGAUGACCCAAGAACCCAUGCCUAA